UCAGCGGCCGAGGCUGGUUUUGGUUCUCGGUGCGGGGCGGCCCCGGGUGACGCGGCGGGGCCGGGCUAUAAAGCAGGAGCCGGCGGCGGAGCCGGGCAGAGCGGGUCGGGCUCGAACUCGGGACGCUGCGGAGCCAGGGAGACCCCGGCAGGCUGCGGACAUGGCCCUGUGUAUCAGCGUGAAGCUGCUGACUGGCGAGAUGCACAGCUUGGAGGUCACCAGCACAAUGACCGUCUCGGCUUUCAAGGCCAAGAUCGCCAAGCAGACGGGGGUGUCCCCGUACCAGCAGAAGCUGGCCUGCCAGAACGGGGCCUACGUGGAGCUGCGUGAUGGCUCCCGGCUCUCCGACUACCAGCUCAAGACCGGAGACAUCGUCCUGCUGAUGGUAAAGAAUGAGGAGUCCAUCACCAUCUUCGUGAAGAACGACAAAGGCAGGACCAGCACCUACACCGUCCUCCCCUCCGACGGGGUCACCCAGUUCAAGGGGCGGGUCCAGCAGCAGGAGAACAUCCAGGCGGAGCAGUUCUGGCUCAGCUUUGAGGGGAAACCGCUCGAGAACGGCCACAAGCUGGGAGACUACAACAUCGCCCCCCACUGCACCAUCUUCCUGCACCUGCGUCUGCGGGGGGGCUGAGCCCCGGGGCCCGGCCCUCCUGACUUUCCUGCUCCCUUCCUCUUUCCCUUAGCGUCCCAAACAUCGUACACCAGCUUUGGACUCUCGGAUGUGAAGCUGUGACCGGCUCCAGCACUGGCUGGGGUGGGGGUGAUGCAGAAGACUGGGAGAGGGUCUCAGGGAGAGUGAGCAUCACCCUGAUGCUGGGUUGCCCACAGCACUUGCACCCCAUUGUGCACGUGCUCACCAGCUCCUCAUCCGUCCAUGCAUCCCAUUCCAGUGCAGCAUGGCCCCACUGUGCCAGGCUGUGUGGCUGACCUGGGCCGUGCAGAGCGACUCUGUUCCUUCCAGGGGGCACUGUGGGGCUGGGCUCCUUACAACAUGGUGGAAAUCUCUCCCAUAGGAGGCUUGCUCAGUUAGCUCCUCCAUGUGAAUGAGACACCCCCCCCCCCCCCCCCACCGUGUCUGUCGUGCCAUGUGUCUAGCGAGUUGUCUCCUUGCUAUAGGUGUUUGCUGUGGUUCCCGGCAGUGCUGUGGGUGAGGGUGUGCUUUCAGCAGGCAGUAACCCUAGCGGAAGAGCACACUGGCCACUCCCUUUGUCACCGAUUGAAUUCAGGUGUGAAGCCUGGAUGCCAACAUCACAAGAAGAUCCAGCACAACCCCCUGCUCCACCUCCUCAGGGGCUGUGCAGCUGCCUCCUGUGAUGUCACAUUGGGGAUGGGGCUUGAGUGAAUAAUUGCUAUGGGGCGAGGCUAAGGUUGUAAUGACCACUGGGGGUAGUGGUCUGUGAAGAAACAAAGGAACUGCCCUGAUUAGUCUCUGGCUUUGGCAGUAAGGAUUUCGGUCUUUUUUUUGUGACAAGACAGUAUUUGCAUUUUCCAAACUGUGAUUGAUGGACUCAGUCUGUGACUGUAUUGCACACUACGGCACUUUGCUAUGUAAAUGCAUGAGAAUAAUCUAAUAGGAUCAAUAAACAGGUUUCCUCAAAUCC